AUGCGGUACCACGAAGAUUCAUGUUAUCAAGAAGAGAAAUGUUGUCAGGACAGAGUCAAUGGUAAAAUAAAGAGGACUUUGAUCGUGGAAUAUUGGGGUCGUACAGAUGAGUGUCUUAAGCGUAAAUGGGCUCAUAUGGAAAUGGUAGACCAAAUGUUUGCAUCUAGAGAAGAACUUAUUCUAGCUACGACUUUGCACCAUAAAGAGACCGUUCUGGAGCCAAACAUGUUUCCAUACGAUACGCCAAAAGGAAUUGACCACUGGACGCUCUGGAGUCGUCAUGAAAUGAAACACGUAGAGAUUGAGGAGUUUGUAUGCAAUUGGAUAAGGGAGAAUGCUCCCCAAGUGGAAAAAUGGAACUAUGACGAGAACUUGUCGCGCUCAAUCGAUAUCUUCCACGUGCAUGUGUAUUUGAACUGA